AUGGAAACGACCAUCAUCUUACUCACCGUCGCUGCUCGUCUGCUCACCACUUUCCUUGCUUUCCUCGCUUCCUACUUGCCGCUGUUUGACGCGUCACCUGUAAAGUCGUGGCUGCGCUGGGAUGUAUUCCAUUUCUCGCAUAUUGCAAGGGAAGGAUACGUGUACGAGCACGAAUGGGCAUUUUUUCCAGGGCUGCCCUUUGUAAUUCGGCGUAUUGAGCCUGACAGCAUCCAAUGGCACAUGCUCAUGACCGCCAUCGCCUGCGAUACUUCCGUCACCCUCUACCGCCUUUCAAAGCAUCCACCUUCGCAUCUCGUCCCUGGCCUUUCUCGCCACACUGCUCUCCCUCCUCCCCAGCAGUCCAGCUACUUUUCGUCUUGCACCUUAUGCAGAGCCUUUUUUCACAUAUUUGGCCUGUUGUAUUGUGCGACCAAAGAAUUUUACCACGCAACUGUAUGCUUCACCUUGGCAGGAUUUUUGCGGUCCAACAGCAUUUUUCUCGCUGGAUACAUUGUGUGGGGACUUGGUCCAAGACAAUUGCACCUAAGCACGCUGCUUACAGCAGUAAUUUUUGCUCCAUUCAUAUACCACAACCUUUCCGCAUACCUUGCAUUCUGUCCCGGAGCCGAUUGGUGCAACAAAAGUAUACCUUUGAUAUACCCUUACGUGCAGGCCAAGUACUGGAACGUCGGUCUCUUUAACUACUGGUCAUUCCAGCAGCUCCCAAACUUUCUCAUUGCUGCACCACCUUUUCUGCUCCUCACGGCAUACUCCGUCCAUAUUCUCAAGGGAUCAUUCACUUCAUCACUGGUUCCACAUGCCAUUCACGCGUUGAUUCUCUCCGCUACUCUUCUUUUCACAUCUCACACGCAAAUUAUCCUUCGUCUCGCCGCAUCUCUUCCUAUUACGUACUGGGCCGCUGCGUGGCUCAUCGUGGAAUAUCGGGCGUGGGGAAAGCUGUGGGUUGGUUGGAGUGUGUUGUGGGGAAGCAUUUCCGUAGUACUGUGGAUGACAUUCCUACCUCCAGCAUGA